UGUUUAUACCAAUCUUUCCUCAUCAUUGACCAACUGCUGGUGUUCCCAUGCUGGCCUAUUCGGCCGAGUGCAAAUCGAUUACAUCACUUCGCGCGUUUCAGAUCCAAUAAGUUCCCGCGUCACUGCCACAGCUGCGCGACCACCUUCCCACCACCUCCCUCCAAGAUGCUACUUGGACUCCUCUUUCACCCCUCGACAAUGCCUUGAUCGCUCGUUUCGGCAAUGUCAGAUGGAGUGCAGAAGAGAAAGUCGUCUGCCGCCUUUCACUUCGCCGCCGGCCUCGGCUCCGGCGUAGUCAGCGCGUGCCUCCUACAACCCGCCGAUUUGCUCAAGACGCGCGUGCAGCAGACCAACGCCGCCUCGCUCCGCCACGCCCUCCGCGAUGUCCUGCAGGGCCCGAAUCCCAUACGCCAGCUCUGGCGCGGCACCACGCCCUCCGUUAUCCGCACCGGCUUCGGCUCCGCGCUGUACUUUGGCAUGCUCAAUCAGAUGAGGCAAUAUGCGGCCAAGAUGCCGCCCAUACCUGUUGGCGGGGACGGGACAAGGGUAGUAGCGGGCGGAUCAUCGUCUGCGCUGCCGAAACUGGGCAACGUGGCGAAUCUGGCUACGGGGGCGUUUGCGAGGGUUGCGGCGGGACUCGUAGUGAAUCCCAUUACGGUACUCAAGGUGCGCUACGAGUCGUCGCAUUACGCCUACACUUCGCUUAUGGGAGCCGGGAGGGACAUCCUUGCCAAGGAAGGGGCGAGGGGCUUCUUUGCGGGGUUCGGCGUGACGGCGGUGAGGGAUGCGCCGUACGCCGGAAUGUACGUGGUGCUGUACGAGCAGGCGAAGGCGCGACUGGGCAAGCUGGUGACGCCGGCGGGGACGGUGGGCUCCAUUUCCAGCGGCGUCAUGAUCAACUUUGCCUCGGGCGUGUUGGCUGCCGUGACGGCGACGACGAUAACAAACCCCUUCGACGCCAUCAAGACGCGCAUACAGAUUGCGCCGGGCAAGUACGGGAACAUGGUGCAGGCGGCGCGGCUUAUGCUGAAGCACGAAGGGCUGCGGAGCAUGUUCAGCGGCCUGAGUCUGCGGCUGGGCAGGAAGGCGGUGAGCAGUGCUCUGACGUGGACGGUGUACGAGGAGAUUAUCCGUCGGACGGAGAAAGUGUUGGUGUAGCCUCUCUGUCGAUAUGAGAGUCCACGAGAUCGCGUGCGUCGUAUCCACUCAGUCAUACACUGCUACGUCGAUGUACUACACUCUCCAAUCCGUCAAUCAAGAAAUCCUUCGGCCGGGUAGAACGGAGCGAGACAGGCCUGAGACACCGACGAACUUGGUAAUCAACGAGAGCUCUUGCUGCUCUACAUCUUGAUGUACUGGAACCUCCGCGGCGCCAGCGGGACGAUAGAAGCGCCGGCUCCGGCUACCGAGAUUAAUAAUUCACGAGGCCGAAGUUUAUCUCACGUCACCUCCUGAACUUCUCGUCGCUAGAAUACUUUUAAUCUCAAAUCUUCCACUCCC